ACAGAAACUGUAUAUGCUUCAACUCCACCACCUGUAAAGGCAAAGCAUCCAUGGCGAAAGUUCGACUUUCCCUCUCCUUGUAUGACUUCGCUCCUUCGUCUACCUGAGAAAUUUCAACUACCCUUUUCCGGAAUCCGUCGCCUUUUCCCUCGAUCUGUGGCUUUCUACUGAAGAAAGCAUUCGCUGGUACGAGGAAAGACCGAGUUCGGCUUUACUGUUUGGUUUUGUUUUUCCGCCAUGGAAGCCAUAAGAAAGCAGGCGGCGAAGUUCAGAGAGCAAGUCGCGAGACAACAGCAAGCGGUAUUGAAGCAUUUGGGGCAUGUGAAUGCUGAUGCUGUAGUAGUGGAUGAAGAGGAGCUUCAUUGUCAUCAGAAACUUCAAGAUCUGUAUACUUCUACAAAGGCAGCAAAGCGCUUGCAAAGGAGUAUUGUUCGUGGACUUGAAGUGUUUAUUGCUACGAGCACGAAACUACUAGAGAUUGGCCGGAAGUUGGCUGAAGAUUGUAAAAGAUAUGGGGACGAGAAUCAAAAUGGCAACACGCCUCUUGCAAGAGCCGCUCUUCAUUUCGGGGACUCGUACAAGUCAAUGGAAGAUGAGAGGGAAACUCUCCUCGGUUUUCUUGGUGAACAGGUUUGUGAGCCAAUUCGUACCAUGGUAUAUAGUGCCCCUCUAGAAGAUGCUCGGCAUUUAGUCCAUCGUUAUGACAGGUUGCGUCAAGAAGUUGAAGCGCAGGCAGCAGAUGUACUGAGGCGAAGAUCAAAGUUAAAGGACUCUGAUAUUUCUGAAGAAAGUUACAUGAAGCUCAAGAAUGCUGAAUCGAGAUUGGCGGAGCUCAAAACCGGUAUGAAGGCACUUGGGAAAGAAGCCACCACUGCCAUGUUGGAAGUCGAGGGUCAACAGCAGAAAAUAACUUCUCAACGGCUCCUUGCUCUGGUUGAAGCUGAGAGAACUUACCAUCGUCAUGCUCUUGGUAUCCUUGAUAAGCUAUAUUCUGAGAUGGUCACUGAGGAAGAAGCUACGGAAUCAUCUCCACAGCCGCUAUCCAUCGAGAAUGUGACUGAUGCCCAUCCCGAAGAAGUAACCAAAUCAAAUGGAUCUCGGGAUAAUCAUCACCUUCAACCAGGCAAUCAGAAAGAUUCCAACUUUCUUGCAAAGGUUGUGCAUCCGUUUGAUGCCCAAUCAGAUGGGGAAUUGAGCCUCGGGGUCGAUGAUUACGUCAUCGUUCGAAAGGUGGCUACUAACGGAUGGUCGGAAGGAGAAUGUAAAGGCAAAGCCGGAUGGUUCCCAUCAGCUUAUGUCGAGAAACAAGACAAAGCACCUGCAACUAAACUCAUGGAAGCAAAGCCCAAGCAGUAAUCUUUCUCAAUAUAUAUAUAUAUAGCCCUUAGUAAAUAUGAUCUUUGUGUGUGAGAUUAUUAUCUGUAGCUUGUUUUUCUUGUAUCAUAAUUUCUAUAUGCCGUUUCUUUGUUUUGUGUUGUGGGUCUGCUACUUUUGGGUCUUCUUCUGUAAUUUGUUAGGGGAAUAAGAUUCAACUUUUUGUUGCAAAACUUGUUUUAAAUCUAACUUUUUUUUUUU